AUGGUCAAGGGGACUCUCAUCUUCAUCAAUUCAGGGAAGUCGCAGCUCUCCAAGUUCCGCCAGGCUAACACAUUUGUGGAAAUAUUAGACAAGUGUUUUGAAAAUGUCUGUGAACUGAAUUUAAUUUUCCAUGUAGACAAGGCUCACAAUAUUCUUGCAGCAGUGGUGGUGGAGGGCAUGGUUUUGGAGACCAACACAAAUGAGAUUGUUACACAUACUGAUGCACAAAAUAAACCGGAGAAAUCUGAGGCUGGACUAACAAUUGUCACCCCAAUAAAUUUAAAAAAAAUAAAGAAUAUGAAUCUUCCUGAGAUCCCAAGAGAUUUUAACAUUGGUAAUAUUAGUAUAAAAGGGCCAAACCUGCCCUCUUUGAAAUAA